AUGUUACUCAAUUCAAACAACAACAAAAACUUCAACAUAAUAAUUAAUUUAUUAUUAAAAUUCUUUCAAUUUUUAUUUUUUAAUUUUAAUUUUUCAAUUUUAUUUAAUUUAUUUUCUUUUAAUUUAAUACAAUUAACAACAACAAUUAAUUCAUCUUCUCCUAAUUUUUCUCCAAUUGUUUUCCCUCCCCCUCCUCCUCCACCACAAAAUUUUUUAAGUUCAAAUUGUGGCUUCCAUUCAAAAAAUUAUACAAUAAAAUGGGCAUAUGAGCCAAAAACCAGAAAUGUAGUUUUUGUAAUGAAAACAAAACUUCCCCCAAUUAAUACUCGUGAAAAAAACAUUUCCUUUGAUUCUAAACAACAAAAAACACAAAAAAUGCUUACAGGGAUUGCUUUUGGAGAUAAAGAUCAAUUAGACUUUAUUGGAAUAUCCUCAAUAAAUGAUCAAUUAGAUUUAGUUAGUGGUCAUGGUGAAUGGCAACUUAGACAAGAAGAUGUUGGCCACACAUUUUUUGAUGGAGAAAAUAAAAAAAAUCGUCCUCCAUUAAUUCGAAUGCGGGGACCUCUUCACGUAAUAAUUAACAACACUGGAGGGGAAAAUGGACAUAAUAAUCAAAGUGGUGCUUUACCUAUUCGAGCAAUUUCGUUGAAAAAGCAACCAACAGAUGGAAGUGUUAUUGCUGAAUUUGCUCGUCUAUUAGCAGGUGAUGGAGAACAAUUAAAAACUGAUCUUUCAAAAUGCACGAAUUUUUUUCUGAUUACAAGAUGGAUUAGUUAUAAUACAUCUGAUGAAAAUGAAGGGAAUUCAGGCAAUAAUGGAGAACUUCCUUCGAUAUUGACUACAUCCUCUGUAAGUGUUCGCCGUACAGUUUGUGCAUUAGUAGAUGAAUGUACACUUGACACAAACCAAAUAAUUGAACAACAAUUAAAUGAAAAGAAAAUGAAAGAUUUACCACCGGCGGCAUCCUCUCCAGAAUUAGCCCAAUCAGUUGAUGUUAGUGGUAAAGGGGAUCCUUGCCGAUUUACAGGUCCAACUUAUUCAAUUGAAUGGUGGAUUGAAGUAAAUGAAAAAGAGGAAGAAAUUGUUAAUUUUUUGAUGAAACAAAAAGCGAGAAAAGGGCGUUGGUGGAGUGCUAUUGGAAUUGGGGAUAAUAUGAGUGAUAUGGAUAUUGGAACAAUAUUUUUAGAAAAUGGAGAGCCAAAAGCAAUGAUUGACUAUUUCUCCAAUAGUUACAAUUUACCUGUAAAAGAUACUAAACAAGAUUGGAAAUUAAAUAAAAAAUUGAGUAAAUGGCCAAAGAAAUUAUUUGUUGAGGAUAAUAAUUCUGAAGAUGAACAAAUUGUUGAAUUGUAUUUUUCGAGGAAAAUAACAACAGAAGAUGAAAAUGACCGUUCAAUGGAUGAUUGUGUUUUAUUUCAAUUUGGAGCAAACCUUGGAAUAUAUGGGCCCCCAGGCUUUCGUUUACAUAAACACCAAGAUUGGCCUGAUUUGUACAAAGCUUGUAAACUUAAAAAUCAUUGCAUGCGUCAUAAAAGACAAAACGGAAGAAAUGAUAGAAACAAUUUUGUUAAUAUUCCAACACUAAGCCAUUCAAUUGAUGAAAACCAAACAAAUAAUUCAAUUAAUGUAACUGAUAAAGCUAUAGAACUUUUAAUGAAAUCGCUUGGACCUAAAAUUGUUCAGACAGUAUCAGAAUCAGACAAAAACGAAACAGAAAAUACAAAAGUUAAAACAAAAUUAAUUCAGAAAACAGGUCAAAAAGAAGAAAUAAAUGAAGAAGAUAAUAAUGAAAUAAUUAAAGGGAAGGCAACAAUUAUUCCUUUAUUAAUUAAUUCAAAACAACAAAGUAACAACGGUAUGCAAAUAAGUGAAGGGAAUGAUGUUGGAAAUGAAAAGAAAAAUGAAAACAAACAAAAUGAAAACAACAAAACAUCAAUUAUUAUAUCAAAACGAUUAUCAACUUCUCCGUUCUCAUUGAGUGCAUUUCUUGGUGGCGGAGAACAACAACAACAGCCAUUACAACAACAAUUGAAUUUAAACAAUGAAACUGUGAAUAAUUUAGGGGAAAAUGGAAAUUCUUCAACCGCUUCUGUAAUUCGACAAAGCGGAGAGGGAGGAGUAUCUGCAGAAAAUGGAGGUUUACCUUUAGAAGGUGCUACAAAUGUUACAUUACCUUCUCCUCCGCGUUUUGGAAUUAGUCAAAUGCUUCAAGAAGAAAAUGAAAUAAGCAAUUCUUCUUCUUCCUCCUCUACUACAACAUUAUCUACAACAAACAAUUUAAAUGAAACUAAUUUAUCCACUACAAUUUCACAAGAAAACAUUAGCAAUACUUCAAAUGAAAUUCAAACAACAAUAAUUCCAACAAACAUUUCUAAUAAUGAAGCAGAAUCUCCAACAACAAUUUCAACAACACAAACAACUAACAACACUGACGAACAUCCACAAACAACAAUUGUAAUAACAACAUCUGAACAACAGACAAACAUUUCCUCAACAAACAUUAUUACACCAACAGAACUUUCCGGAAAUUCUUUGUUUCCGGAAAAUGAGACAAACAAUUUAAAUAGUUCUAGCCAACAACAAAAUUCUGAAACUUUUACAUCUACCACUAUAUUACCUACAACUGUUGAAAUACAGCAAUCAACUUCUUUAAAUAAUAAAAUAGAAGAAACAUUAGAGAAUUCAACAACAGCAAUACUUACAAAUUCACCCACAACAUUAACUGUAAAUUUAGAAUCAACAAACACAACAACUUUAAUUAAUAAUGAAACAUCUACAGGUGAAAGCAAUAUUUCAACCAACACAACAGCAGAAAUAACUACACAACCUACAACAAUUAUAUCAACUGAGAAAACAAACAAACCAACAAAUGUUUAUUUAACAACAAAAACAACAACAGAAAAACAUCAAAUGGAAACCUCAAACACUAAAAACAUUUCAACAAACUCACCAGAAACAACAAAAACAACAUUAAACAAAACAAAUUUUUCUAAUUUACCUGGAUCAAAUGAACAACCAGAAGAACGCGGAAUUAAAUUACCUAUUGCAACAAGUAAAUGUGACGCCCUUCGACCAGAUUUGCCUAUUUGUCGUUCAUAUAUGGAUACUUAUAUUGAAAGAGUUAAGGAUUGGUCAGAAAGGCAUGGUGAACCUUUGGAAAGACAAUUUCCUAAAGCUUGUCGAUUACUCAAUUCUGUUCCCCAUGUACCGACAUUGUGUUGCCAAUUAUUUAAUGAUAGAUGUAAUGAUUUUAUUUAAAAAAUGUUUUUUUAUUGUUAAAUACAUAUAUAUUC